AUUCCCGCCCAUCCUGGCUUGCUAAAACCCUAAGAUUGCUUUAGGGUUUAUUGGUGUGAUGAGCUCGUGGCUAUGGCGGGCAUGAUGCUCCUAGCGAAGAAGAUCGGCGCCAUUCCGGUGCUGAGCAAGGGCGCCGCGGCGGGAGCUCUCGGAAUCUCCAAGCGCAAUCUCUGCGCUGGCGGCGGCGGCGAUGGGAGGUACAUUCCCGGUAUGUUUGUAGAGAAUCAAGAAGGCAAUCAGGAGAAUCAGGCAUGGCCUCCACCCACGCAAGAAGGCUUUGUGAUGGACACGGGGACUCAUCCACAAGCGCCACCGCCUCCUCAUCCUCCUCCAACGCACGCCGGAUUCGUCCAAAGCAUGAGUCACUCGCACUCGAGCAAUGGAUUCGUGCCGGUGGUGACGCAGGGUGGAUUCACGGAUUACAGCUCUCCAUACCAGCAGCAAGGAUACUAUCCUCCUCCUCCUCCUCCUCCACCACCUCCUCCUCCACAAGUUUCAUACCCCUGGAACGCCCAAGCACAGCAUCAACUCCAUCACCACCAGCAGUAUCCACCGCCGCCUGGAAGCGCUCACCCCCAGCACUACAAUGUGGAACCGCAAGGAUACUACCACGUCCAGCAAUAUAAUGUGGAGCCACAGGUACUUUACAACGCUGCCCCUGUGCAUCAACACUACGUCCCACCUCCUGACUAUGGCUAUACUUACUCACAGCAGAGUGUUCCGGCUCCUCCAGCUCCAGCUCCAGCGCCGGCAUAUGGUGGUCAGGAUGUCAAUGCAGCGGCCACUUGGUCUGAUACUUCUGCUGUUCCCACUACUACUGCUUCUCAGCUGGUGGAAAGUCACGAGACGAGCGAGCGUGUAGAGGUACUUGGCUCGACAGAGGCUGAAACUUAUGAGGCUUCGCAGGUUGGUGGAUUGGAGAUGAGUGCCGCAGCAGAGUUGCACGUUGAGGAGCAAAAGCAACACGAGGAGAUGGAGCCGGAGGUGGUUGCUGUUCCUCCUGAAUCACAACAGGUUGCUCCACCGCCGGCAGAGAUGCAUGAGGAGGUUCACGAGGAGGUGGCGAAAGCGGAAGCCGGUGAAGCUUUUGCUGAGGACAAAGGUGGUGAGGUGGAGAUGGUUGCGGCUGUGCAAGAGCCCGAGGUGCAGGCGGAGGAGACUGGCACUGCCGAGCACGAGGCGGAGGGAGAGUCAGCGGCGGAGGAGUCACAAGAGUAUGAUGCGGCAGCGAUGGCUAUGGCUGAAGCAGGAUUGCCGAGUGGCGGUGGCGUUGAGGAAAAUGAAGAGGCUACCGAAGGGAGCAGUAGAGAUGAAAGUGAGGCUGUGGUGGAGACUGUGGAGCAUGUGGAGGAGCCUGUGAAGGGCCUGGAGUCGCUACUCGAAGUAGAGACGUCCAAGGCGCCAGCGCCACCUCCUGCCUCUCAGAACGAAAGCUUUCUGGAAAUACUCUCCAAGACGAACACGAACGUGAACGCGCGACAGGUUCCCAGGCAAAGGCCACCGCAGCUGUCGUUUCGCGCUCAAAGAAAGACGUAUGCCAAGCUACAUAAUCUUCCGAGGCAGAUACUUAAAAACGAUAUCGUGAAUUACUUCUCGGAGCUGAAUUUGCAAAAGGAGAGCGUUCACAUGACUUACGAUGAAAAGUUUUAUCCCCUCUACGCCCAUAUUGCCUUCGAUUCGACGGAAGCUUUAAAGAAUGCUGUCAAGAUCCUGCAGACCAAAGGCCGUUUGGGCGGACGGAUUGUCAAGAUGGAAUCGUUUGUCCAGUUCAUGCCACCUACACAUCCACAGAUGACCGAGCACUUGAACAAGUAUCUCGGUCGAAUGCUGCUAAUGCUCCACAUCCCGCCUGAAGGGAGGAUCGAAGACUUGGAGCGCUUUUUCGAUGGAUACGGCUUUGAUCCAUCUGCACUGUCCAUGCUAGAUGCAGUACAAAUGACGCUUGCAAGGUUUCCAAAGGAGGGCAACAGGAUGGUUCGCCGGGCAGCCAUUGGUUUCUGCUCGAGCUUGGAAGCAAUGAGAGCUCUCCGAGAGAAACAGGGAGACUUUGUCCUGAAUGAGCCCAUCGAGUUGAGGUUGAUCCAGUAAACGUUCGAACUGGCUUCUCUUUCAGUCACCACUUCCAAAAAGAAACAACUGGUUUUCUCAAAGAAGGCCCUCACGGGAGAGUCGAAAUAAAGACGAAUGAACCUGCUUGGUGGCUGUGCGCUCAGCCGCUUACUUAAUCUCUCCUGAGUAAUUCUCUCAUCCCGGAAAUCUCCGUAGAGAAGUUUGUAUUGUGUUGCUAGUUAUAUAGAAUCAAUAUAAGACAAUAUAUAAAA